UCCGCCUCCCAGGAGGGUGAGAAGGGCCGGCCGCCUGAGGGAGAUUGCAGUCUUCCCGGAGCUGUAGACCCUGUCCUGAAUCGGACACUGGGACGUCUCGCCCUCUCGUGGCACCUGUUGCAGGUGACAGGCAACUCUGGUAGCUCUCCUAUGCUGGUUGCUUUGAAGAAAGAAGAAUAGAAGGAAAAAUAGAAUAAGUCAUGUCGGAGAUGCUUGACCUCUCUUUUCUGUCUGAGAUGGAAAGGGAUUUGAUCAUUAGUGUUCUACAACGAGAUGAGGAACUCCGAAAAGCAGAUGAGAAAAGGAUUAGGCGAUUGAAGAAUGAAUUACUGGAAAUAAAAAGGAAAGGGGCCAAGAGGGGCAGCCAACACUAUAGUGAUCGGACCUGUGCCCGGUGCCAGGAGAACCUGGGCCGUUUGACUCCUAAGACCAACACUUGUCGGGGUUGUAAUCACCUGGUGUGCCGAGACUGCCGUAUUCAUGAAAGCAAUGGUACCUGGAGGUGCAAGGUGUGCGCCAAGGAAAUAGAGCUGAAGAAGGCAACUGGAGACUGGUUUUAUGACCAGAAAGUGAAUCGCUUUGCUUAUCGCACAGGCAGUGAGAUAAUCAGGAUGUCCCUGCGCCGCAAACCUGCAGUGAAUAAAAGAGAGACUGUGGGACAGUCCCUCCAUCAUCAGUCACAAAUGGGUGAUGUCUGGCCAGGAAGAAAGAUCAUUCAGGAGCAACAGAAGGAGCCCAGUGUACCAAUCGAAGUGCCCAAGCCGAAAAGUGGAAAGAGUGCACUGGAGGCUGAGAGUGAGAGUCUGGAUAGCUACACUGCUGACUCAGAUAGCACAUCCAGGAGAGACUCUCUGGACAGAUCUGGCCUCUUUCCAGAAUGGAAGAAGAUGUCUGCUCCAAAAUCUCAACUAGAAAAGGAAACUCAAUCUGGAGGUCAAAAUGUGGUAUCUGUCAGUGAGGGUGAAAUGAUAUUCAAGAAGAACACCAGAAAAAUCUUCAGGCCUUCAGAAUAUACUAAAUCUGUGAUUGAUCUUCGCCCGGAAGAUGUGGGGCAUGAAUGUGGCUCCUUGGGAGACAGAAGCAAAUCUGUCCCUGGACUCAGUAUGGAUAUGGAAGAAGAAGAGGAAGAGGAAGAAGAGGAAGAAGAAGAAGACAUUGACCACCUGGUGAAGUUGCAUCGCCAGAAACUAGCCAGAAGCAGCCUGCGAAGUGGCUCCUCCAUGAGUACAAUAGGCAGCACGAUGAGCAUCUAUAGUGAAGCUGGUGAUUUCGGGAACAUCUCUGUGACUGGCAAGAUUGCCUUUUCCCUGAAGUAUGAGCAGCAAACACAGACUUUGGUCAUCCACGUGAAGGAGUGCCACCAGCUGGCUUAUGCUGAUGAAGUUAAGAAGCGCUCUAAUCCAUAUGUGAAGACUUAUCUGCUGCCUGACAAGUCCAGGCAAGGAAAAAGAAAAACCAGCAUCAAGAGGGACACCAUCAAUCCACUAUAUGAUGAGACCUUCAGAUAUGAGAUCCCAGAAUCUCUCCUGGCCCAAAGGACAUUGCAGUUCUCAGUUUGGCAUCAUGGUCGUUUUGGUAGAAACACUUUUCUUGGAGAGGCAGAUGUCCAGAUGGAUUCCUGGAAGCUUGAUAAGAAACUGGAACAUUGCCUUCCUUUGCAUGGAAAGAUCAGUGCUGAGUCCCUGACUGGCUUGUCAUCACACAAAGGCGAGUUGGUGGUUUCAUUGAAAUACAUCCCAGCCUCCAAACUCCCUGUUGGAGGUGACCGGAAAAAGAGUAAAGGUGGGGAAGGGGGAGAGCUCCAGGUAUGGAUCAAAGAAGCCAAGAACCUGACGGCUGCCAAAUCAGGAGGGACUUCAGACAGCUUUGUCAAGGGAUACCUCCUUCCUGUGAGGAACAAGGCCAGUAAGCGUAAAACUCCUGUGAUGAAGAAGACCCUGAAUCCCCACUACAACCAUACAUUUGUCUACAAUGGUGUGAGGCUGGAAGAUCUACAACACAUGUGCCUGGAACUGACUGUGUGGGACCGGGAGCCCCUGGCCAGCAAUGACUUCCUGGGAGGGGUCAGGCUGGGUGUUGGCACUGGGAUCAGUAAUGGGGAAGUGGUGGACUGGAUGGACUCGACUGGGGAAGAAGUGAGCUUGUGGCAGAAGAUGCGACAGUACCCAGGGUCUUGGGCAGAAGGGACUCUGCAACUUCGUUCCUCGAUGGCCAAGCAGAAGCCGGUUUAUGAGUUGGCCAGAGAAAGUCAGAGGAAGUGAAGAAACCAAGAGUAAAGAUUUAUAAUUUAAUAUGUAUGUUAUGUCUAUGUGUAUACAAAUAUGUAUUUCUAUAAAUCUCACUAUACUAGACUUGCUCCCCUUUUGAAAACAGGUUCAAGAAUAAGGGUAUCUUUAAUGUUUUUAUUUGUGCAGAAGCGAGUAUACUUACAAAGUCCAUUCUUAUAUCUCUGAGUUUUAAUUAACUUCUAAAAUGUUUUAAAAUAACUUUUUAUCUCCUGUCUUACUAUCCUUGUUCCUACUUCCCUAGGAAGCCCUGGCUGCCUCUGGCAUUAGUAAGAAUCUAUGUUUAAAUGUGUUCCUGGUCUGAGGUCAAGGAUCUGGGAAGCAGGGUUGGGUUACUAAAGACAGGAGAAGAUGGUAGAAAGGUGAGUAGGUCCUCUCCUUCCUCUCUAAUUUAUGCUUUUAAUGCCUUUUUCUACCUUGACAAAUUUCUAGAACUUUGCUUUUAACUCCUCUUGUUUUUUAAGCAGUUUCCACCUUGCUUGAGUCUAAUGGUUUUUGUGAAAUGGUAAGAAAAUUAUUCAGUUCCUUCUGGUUCUAGAUACCUUCACUAUACCUUAUAAUGGGGCUGCUUUUAAAAAAGCACUUUAAUUAAAUAAUAGCCUUUAGACCAAGUCAUGGACAUGAUGGACAUGAGCAGCAAGUAGUUCUUGGUGGUUCCAGAGGACCAGAGUGACUGAGGCUGAAGUGUCUUCCAGUCUGUGUUGAAUUCUUUGCAUUUAAACUGUUACAGUGGUUGUUGGAGAGCUCAUUUCUCUAAUGAAAGGCAAGACAUCUUCAUUCUCAACAUGCACCACAUCUUUCUUAGUGUUUGUGUCCACAAUGUAUUACCACACAGAAUAUGGUCUACAUAUCAUUUUCUCCACCAGAAUAGCCAAGUACUCUGUAAACUGGUCCAGUGUUUCUCCAGGCUGGGCACAGUUAGUGCUCCGAGAUAAUGUAUUCUGACUUCUUUCUUGAAAUGGUUUCAGAUCUUAUUUUUUUUCUAUUGUUUCCUAAUCUUGACCUAGAUGUAAGAUGUAACAGGGGAGUGAUAUGUUGAGACCUUUCUAAGAAGGAUUUUAAUGAGCUAAGGUUCGUUUUCUAAAACUUACUGUUCCAAACUGACCUUUUUAUUCUUCCAUGUGUAUCUACACAGUCAUUUGUGAAAGAAGUCUAUACCGGAGAAGAAAUACCCGUCAGGGUAGUCAUGUGCUCACUCACUGACUCUCCUAUAUCUGUGAACUGAAUGGAGGAGUGUUUUUAAAAGGUUUAUUUGGUGUGGGUUGAUAUUGUAAUGGAAGGCAAACUUGGGAUACUGUGCUGUAACUUGCUCCUUUGUCCUCCACCCCCUGAAAUAUACUUGUUCUUCAAUAAAGUGUUCUCACUUGUUAAGUGUU